CUACUUCUCCUACCUCGUCACCACGCGCCUCGCCGACGGCGCCGCCGAGGUCCGCGUGCGCCGCCGCUUCCGCGACGUCGUCGCCCUCGCCGACCGCCUCGCCGCGGCCCACCGCGGCCUCUUCGUGCCCGCCCGCCCCGACAAGAGCCUCGUCGAGGGCCAGGUCAUGCAGCGCCACGACUUCGUCAGCCAGCGCUGCACCGCGCUACAGCGCUACCUCCGCCGCCUCGCCGCCCACCCCGUCGUCGGCCGCAGCCCUGACCUCCGCACCUUCCUUACCGAGCCGGGGGCCAUUGCCGCCUUCCAAGGCGAGGCGCCGCGGCACUGGACUACCACGGUGAAUGCUGCCAUCCCGACGGUCCCGGCCAAAGCUGGGAGGGACUUGUUUGGGAUGUUCAAGGAUUUGAAACAGACCGUCGUCAAUGGGUUGGUCGCAACCAAGCCACCUCCUGUGGAGGAGGAGACUGAUACAGAAUUCCUGUCGCACAAGUCCAGGCUCGAGGACUUGCAACAGCAGCUCACCACGACGUCUCAACAGGCGGAAUCACUUGUUAAAGCUCAGGAUGAUCUUCGAACAACUACAGCUCAUUUGGGAAUGACAUUGAUUAAACUGGCAAAAUUUGAAAGGGAGCAGGCAACAUGUAAUUCCGAGAGAAGACGAGCUGGUGUUAUCCAACAUUUUGCAAAUUCUGUUGUCAAGUUCAGCAGAUCUCAGGCAAAAUUAAAUUCUGAAGUUGUACAACAGCUGGAUACUAUCCAUGAAUACUUGGAGACGAUGAUAUCUGUUAAUCAUGCAUUUACUGAUCGUUCAAACGCUUUACAACAUGUGCAAAGUCUGUCAGCAGAUCUGUUUUUCUUGCACACUAGGGCAGGAAGACUUGAAUCUGUAUCAUCAAGAGGUAUUGGGCAGGAAUGGACAAGGUACCAGAAGAUAGAGGGAUUGAAAGAAACAAUAAGCACAAGAGAAGGAGUGAAAAACCAAGCUCUUAGAGAAUAUGAGAGUAUUAAGGAAAAUAACAUGACUGAAAUUAAAAGAUUUGACAAGGAUAGGCGUCGGGAUCUUAUUGAGAUGCUGAAAGGAUUUGUUGUAAACCAGGUCUCAUAUUCGGACCAUUUUGCUAAUAUGUGGGGAAAGGUCGCAGAGGAAACUAAAGGCCGGGUGUGGGACAAGCUGGCGGCCGCCAGGGUCGUCUACCUCGGCGAGGCCGAGCUCGUGCCCGACCCCGACGACCGCGUCCUCGAGCUCGAGAUCGUCACCAAGCUCGCCGCCCGCUGCGCCGACGCCGAGAGGCGCAUGUCCCUCGCGCUCGAGGCAUUCCCCUGCGACCUCCAGCAGCAGCUAGACGACUUCAUGAGCGGAAGGAUUGAUGGCAGCAUCCUGAAGUUGUACACGUCGCACUGGCCAUCAGAGCGCUGGCAGGAGUAUGAACCUCUUCUAAAUUUCUGUCGUGAUAAUGGAAUUAAGCUUGUUGCUAGUGGAACCCCACUGCAGGUGAAAAGAACUGUCCAGGCAGAGGGGAUUGGAGGCCUUUCGAAAGCAGAAAGAAAGGAAUAUGCUCCUCCAGCAGGCUCUGGCUUCAUUUCUGGUUUUAGGUCUGGCCGGUCGUUCAUAGAGAAUAUUACAUCAACUCGUGACUCUCCUUUUGGUCCGAAUUCAUAUUUAUCAGCACAGGCAAGAGUAGUUGAUGAUUAUACCAUGUCUCAGAUAGUUAUGAAAGAACUUAAUGGUAGAGAUCCUCCAGGGCUGCUAAUUGUUGUGGCGGGUGCAAGCCAUCUUAUAUAUGGGUCACGAGGAACUGGUGUUCCUGCCAGAGUAUCUAAAAAGUUGCCGAAGAAAGGCCAAGUUGUGGUACUACUUGAUCCUGAAAGACAGAGUAUAAGGAGGGAAGGUCAAAUCCCAGUUGCUGACUUCUUAUGGUAUUCAGCGGCUAAAACUUGCACCAGAAAUUGCUUUGACCGUGCUGAAAUUGCUAGAGUUAUGAAUGCUGCUGGCAGGAGGCCUGAAGCUUUACCCCAGGAUCUUCAGAAAGGAAUAGAUCUUGGAGUUGUUUCUCCUGAGAUAUUGCAGAACUUCUUUGACCUCGACAAAAACCCUGUUAUGACUGAGCUAAUUCACCGAUUCCAAGGUUUCCGGGAAAGAUUGCUCGCAGACCCAAAAUUCCUCCAAAGAUUAGCAAUUGAAGAGGCUAUAUCAAUUUCAACCACUCUACUAGCACAGUAUGAAAGACGGAAAGGGCGAUUUUUUGAGGAAAUUGACUAUGUCCUCACCGAUACUAUUAGAGGGUCUGUCGUCGAUUUUUUUACAGUGUGGCUACCUGCUCCAACUAUUUCAGUGCUUUCUUUUACUGAUAAUGAUUCUGGUCAGAGCUUGGGCUUUGUCAGAGGCCUUUUGGGAUCAUUGCCAGAUAACGCGUUCCAAAAGAAUACCUUUGGUCAGAACUGGAAUAUGAACCAGAGGGUUGCCGCAGUAAUAGUUGGUGGUUUGAAACUUGCUGGUGUGGGGUUUAUUUCUAGUGUUGGGGCUGGAGUUUCCUCAGAUCUCCUGUAUGCUGCUCGAGGAGUGCUGAAACCUUCUGUGAGUGUGGGAGCAGGGCGAAAGAGAGCUCCUGUUUUGAAGUCGGCAGCUGUUUAUAGUUGCUUUCUUGGAACAUCAGCAAAUUUGCGGUAUCAGAUCAUUGCUGGCUUAUUGGAGCAUCGACUGGGAGAGAGCCUGGCAACUCAGUAUAAUCAGCCACUUCUUGCUGGUCUCUUGUCCUUUGUAGCAAGGACAGCCAACUCAUACUUGGGAACACAGCAAUGGGUUGAUCUUGCUCGGUACACUGGAAUACAGAAGAUUCAGGAACAGCUUCCUUCUGAUGAGGUCACCGCGCCACCUGAAACAUCCCAGUUAGAGGACGGUAGAACCGAUGUACAGAACCCGGAUGAGAGCAGCAGCAGCAGCAGCAAUGCGGACCGAUCGAGUGAUCCGACCAAGUGAUUUGGUCGCUUUCCGUGGGCUUCAAAGUCCACAACCAUAUAUGUAUAUAGGUUCAAGACAGCGAAAGGAAUCUUGUUGCUACGAUGCUGAGCCUCUCACUCUUUGAUCGGCCAGGAUGGACUAUUCAUACAAGAAAAAACAAUAAAUUACUGCAGUUAGCCAUUUUUUCUAGGGUAAAUAUACUCUUGUAGAUUGUACUUUGUACUCCCUCUGUAAAGAAAUAUAAGAGCAUUUAAAUCACUAUUUUAGUAGUCUAAACGCUUUUAUAUUUCUUUACAAUGGGAAUACAUAUGUAAGGAGAAGACGAUGAGUGUCUAGUGGAUUAAUUGGCAUCAGCAAUUACGGGUUUUGAGUUGUAUACUUAUAUACAUUUACGGGUUUGGCAUAGGCCUCUACCUGUUACACUCAAAUCUUUCUGCCUGCUAUAAAGCCAGCUUCCCUCG